CGAAGCGAUAGAGAAAGAGAGUCGCGACUAGGUCGUAGUCGUGCUCUUGUUUUGCAAUUCACGUUUCCUCGCUUGAGCUUCUUCGUCUUCUUCCUCAUCUUCUUCAGACUCUUCUCUCUCUCUCUCUCUCUCUCUCUCUCUCUCUCUCUCUCUUUCUCGUUUUCACUCGUCACGGGUUUCUCUCACACUCCGUUAAUAACAUCGCGCGUUUCACAUUCUUACCAUCUUUAAACGCUUUCCUCUGUUUCUCGUCUUCUCACAAUUAUCAGCAAUCUUCAGCAACAUAAACUUCAUGGUUUCUAGCUGCUGAUUGUUGGAAGUUUUUUUAUUUGUUUUGGUCUCAAGUCUCUGUUUGAGAAACAGAGGUUACAGAGAGAUUUGAAGUCUUUAUCAAUGCUAAAUUUAUCUGGAGUCAGAAGUCAACGUAGAAACUCAAGAACUUUGCCUCAAGGAGAUAUGGACUACUUAGAACCCAAAACAAAGAGCAAACUCAUGGGAAAGCUUCUCUUACUAGCUUCACUUGUAAUCUUAGCCUUUAUUGUGAUCAAUCAAGCUUCAAGUUUUACAUCUCCAAGCGUGUUUUCUCGAAGAGAAGGAGUGACUCAUGUGUUAGUCACUGGUGGAGCUGGAUACAUCGGUUCACAUGCUGCUCUAAGGCUUCUCAAAGAUUCAUACCGUGUAACCAUUGUGGACAAUCUCUCACGUGGGAAUCUUGGUGCGGUUAAGACUUUACAGCGAUUAUUCCCACAAACCGGAAGACUUCAAUUCAUUUAUGCUGACUUAGGAGAUCCUAAAGCUGUGGAUAAAAUCUUCUCAGAGAAUGCUUUUGAUGCUGUGAUGCAUUUUGCUGCUGUAGCUUAUGUUGGAGAAAGCACUCUUUAUCCUCUAAAAUAUUACCACAACAUUACAUCAAACACAUUAGGAGUUCUUGAAGCUAUGGCUAAACAUAAAGUGAAGAAACUGAUCUAUUCUAGCACUUGUGCUACUUAUGGAGAGCCUGAAAAAAUGCCCAUUACUGAAGAUACUCCGCAGGUUCCGAUUAAUCCUUACGGAAAAGCUAAAAAGAUGGCAGAGGAUAUGAUCUUGGAUUUUUCCAAGAGCUCUGACAUGGCGGUCAUGAUCUUAAGAUACUUCAAUGUGAUCGGUUCUGAUCCAGGAGGUAGAUUAGGAGAAGCUCCAAGACCCGAGCUUCGUGAGCAAGGAAGGAUUUCUGGUGCUUGUUUCGAUGCAGCUCGUGGUUUCAUUCCAGGACUACAAGUGAAAGGAACAGAUUACAAAACAUCGGACGGUACAUGUAUCAGAGACUAUAUUGAUGUUACUGACCUCGUAGAUGCUCACGUGAAGGCUCUUGAGAAAGCUCAGCCUCGAAAAGUUGGCAUCUACAAUGUUGGAACUGGAAAAGGAAGAUCGGUUAAGGAAUUUGUGGAGGCAUGUAAGAAGGCAACAGGAGUUGAGAUUAAAGUAGAUUUCUUGCCACGACGACCGGGAGAUUACGCAGAGGUUUACAGUGAUCCGACAAAGAUUUUGAGAGAUUUGAAUUGGACUGCGCGAUUCACUAAUCUUCAGGAUAGUCUUCAAGUUGCUUGGAGGUGGCAAAAGAUUCAUCCUCAUGGUUAUGCUUCUUAUUGAAAACAGAGGAAACAAAAACAAACUCUUGAAAAGUUCUAUUGUUUUUAAAAUUUCAUUUUAUAAAUUUGCAAAUUGCAAUUAUAUUUUGAAGGCUUUUAUAGCUUACAUAGGAAAGAGAUAUUGUGACUACUUAUGUACUUAUUGGUGGAAGUGUGGAGCAUAAUGGUGAAUAAUGCUCUGAAGUGGAUCAACACAACCAGGCAAACGUAUUUAUUUAUUUAUAUCAUUUUUAUAAAAAAAAAUGUUCCAAGAGCAAAAGGAACUUAUAAAAAAAUGUGGCAAGUCAAGAAAAA